AUGUCUACUAAGACUCAUAAAAACAAACGGAGGUCACAUAGCACUCCGCUAGAAAUGGCACAGUUCAUUGACGCAGGAUCAAAUAAGAUCAAAAAGAGAAUAAGAGAUUUGGAAAGAUUGCUUUCUCGAAAGAGAGACGUAUUACCAGACACUAUAAUCAUAGAGAAAGAAAGAACUCUAGAGGCUUUAAAGCUGGAAUUAGAAAACGCAAAACUCAAACAAAAAGCAAAGGAGAAUGCCAAAAAGUAUCAUAUGGUUAGAUUCUUUGAAAGAAAAAAGGCUUUGAGAGGAUAUAAAAAAGCACUCAAAAAACAUAUGGAGAACAAGGAAGAUUCACAGAACAUGAAAGAUCUAUGCGAGAAGAAGAUUGAUUUAUGUUACGUUGUAAAUUUCCCAAAAACGGAAAAAUACAUAGCACUAUAUCCCAGUGCCGAAAUGAAAUAUGAGGCUACCAAAGGUUCUGCUGCAACUAACACCAAAAAGGAAGCCUUUCGUAAUAUUGUGGCAAGACAAUUAGAAGAUAACACCUUGCCAGUAUCUUUAAGCGAUAUUUUAAAGGGAAAGAAAUUGGAUAAAGAGAGCACUGGUGUUAUGUUGGACGACGCUGACGAAGACGAAAGAGACACAGCAAAGAGCGCUCAACAAGAAGACGGCGAAGAAGAAGCAGACGAUUUCUUCGAAUAG